CGCGGUCACACUGUUUGCCAUUCAAUAAUUUUGUUUUGCUAUUCAAUAAAAUCUAUUAUUUAUAACAAAAUAUAAAGUGCUACACCGCAUGCAAAGUGCUCACGCCCGAGGCAUCCGCAUAAAUCGAGCAACACAACGAACACGCAACAUAACGUCCAAGAAAACCGAACGGCAGCAUCAGCAGCAGGUCCCAGCAACAGCAACAUAAAAUACACAAAAUAUAAAGAGGAAGCAGCAGAGCAGCAAGGCACGCAUUGAAAAGUGUUUUAAUGCUCGCGAAGAGCUAGUGGAGCGAUUUAAUUACAUUAUUAAAGUGUGCAGCAGCCAGCCCCACACCGAAAAUGCUUUAGACAAGGCGAUUUUGCUUGGAUUUUCUCUCUGGCGAGGGACCACCAGACCCAGACCAGAGUUGCCAGAGGACGAGGAUGACUCCUGCCAUAUAAAAACGCGUAAAAUUCGUCCGAAAACACGCAUAGUAGGUGGUCGGUUGGUCUUCUGUUGGCCUGGCAAAUAAGUGGCAGGCAGAAAUGUGCACAAUAAUAAUCGCAAUCGCCACCUAGUGCCAGCCAGCAGUGUAGUGCAGGAGAGGGGAAGGAGAACUCUUUCUAAGGAAUUGGAAUUGAAACUGGAGUUGAGCUGAGUGCUGAUACUGGUACUGGUACUGGUGCUAUCCACACGAAUACGCCGGCGACGACACCGUCACAGCCAUCGCCACCAUCGACACCACCACCACCACCGCCGACGUUUGCCUUGUUUAGCAUUUAAUUCGGUCUCCGUGCCUCUGGGUCUUGUUAUCAUUUUGUUGUUUACGUUUGUCUGUUGAACUCUUGUCCUUCCAAUUGUGCAAUUUGCCAUUAAUUGUUAGUUAACAAUAACCCUCGUUGAGCAUACAAAUCAAAAUGAAAGCAUCCUUCUCACAUUCGCCAUCGAAAUCGCGUCCAGCCGUUAAAGCAACAAUCAAAUUACACCCGUCCAAACCCACCUCGUCACCGCCAUUAACAAUUGACGCUCGGAUUUGCACGAUUUCGCCACCAGAACCCGUACAUUGUCAUCCAAAUUAAACGGAAAACAGAAGAACGGAGACACGAAUCUAUAGUUUGCUGUGUGUUCACACACGGUCCUUCAAUCGCAGCUUCAUAAGGUACUGCAUCAAUCAACUGUAAUAUAAGGAUCCAUAAAAAUAGAAAACUUACAACAAAAAGAAGAGUCAAGCGGAGCGGAAUGACUAGUUGAAAACUUCAACAAAUUGGACUACAACACAGAACCAGCUUCAACAAUCUUAAAGGACUUGCAAACGUCUUGAUUUCAUAUUAUUCUCAAGCGUUGCCCAAUUCUCUUUUGUGUUUGUUUCGGCCUUGUCUAAUUGCCUUCCAAAAAUUCGCAAACGAGCGCAUCUUCCAUGUCCCAGAUAUUUGAAAAAUACGGGCGUUUGUGAUUUUCAUACAGAGAAACGUUCGUUAAUUGUAGUAGGCUUAGUAGCGUAGGGUAAAUAGGUAAAUAUUUAGCAAGAGAGUUGAGCCAGCAAACGGUACGGAAAAAGGAAGGGAUUCUGUAUUCUGCAUUGUGCGUUUUUCGUUCUCUUGGCUGGCGCUUGGCACGACAAUCGAAGCCAAUUUAGUGUGUGGCAUGAGUGGCCAUCAUUUGUCGGACAUCCACCGGAAACAUGAUGAUAAUGAGUGUAGUGGGCCACGACCACCUGUACCCGGAGAAGAGAGCCGUGUUAAAAAGAUGACCGAAGGGAUAGCAUUGGAUACAUUGAAGAAUUCACCGCCAUCCUACCUGAACUGGGCCCGCACGCUUAACCAUCUGCUCGAGGACCGCGAUGGCGUCGAGCUCUUCAAGAAGUAUGUCGAGGAGGAGGCGCCCGCCUACAACGAUCACCUCAACUUUUACUUUGCCUGCGAAGGUCUCAAGCAGCAGACAGAUCCGGAGAAGGUCAAACAGAUAAUCGGAGCCAUUUACAGGUUCCUGCGCAAGAGUCAAUUGUCCAUUUCUGAUGACCUGCGUGCACAGAUCAAGGCGAUCAAGACGAACCCAGAGCUGCCGCUCAGCCCGCACAUAUUUGAUCCCAUGCAGCAUCAUGUGGAGACGACCAUCCGGGACAACAUCUAUCCCACUUUCCUCUGUUCGGAAAUGUACAUUCUGUACAUCCAGCAGAUGUCCGCCCUCCAGGAGCGCUUCAGCAGCAGCGGUGCAACGGGAGGAUCGGGCAGUGCCGGCAGCAGUGGCAGCGGCAGUUGCGGCAGCAGCUCCACUGGCGCCUGUGCUUUCCCGUCGGCUGCUGUCAAGCAGCAACAUGCGACAGCAGCUGGCGCAGCUUCGGCUGCGACUGGAGCUGCUGUCUCGCCUGCUGGUGCCUUCAUCAACCUGCCAGUGAGUAGCGUGAGUGGGCCGCCAGCUGGCACAUGCAGUGCCAGCGGCAGUGUGUACGGCCCCUCGACCUCGGCCAGCUCGAGUGGCUCCAUCAGUGCCACCGACACACUGCCACGCAGCUCCACGCUGCCCACGCUGCACGAGGACUCGGUGCUGUCCCUGUGCGAUGACUUCGAGAAGGUGCAAAUGCAGGAGGGGGCCAGUCGGGUGCCCGUCGACUACCCGAUGCGACUGACGCGGGACCUACUAAUAGCAACACAGAAAAGAAGACUGGAAAUCCGACCUCCUGGAGCCCAUGGUUAUGUGUACACUGCGAGCACCAAUACCUCGUAUGUCCCGAAUUCGCGUGUUGAUUCGGAACGGGCGAGCGUUAGCUCUGGCGGCCGCACCGACUCCGACACCAUGUCGCUAUCCAGUUGUUCCAUGGAUGGUCGGCCAUACAUACAACGCAGACACAGUUCGACGGAGAGCAAAGCGAUUCGCCAGAGUGCCAUGGCGAAUAAGGAAACAAACACCUUUCAGGUGAUACCUCGCACACAACGAUUACAUUCAAACGAACACAGACCGUUGAAGGAGGACGAGCUCGUCGCUUUGCUGAUACCCAAGCUGGAGGAAGUGAAGCGAAAACGAGACUUGGAAGAACGGGCCCGCCUUGAGAGAAAUCCUGGAGCUGCACUGUUGAGCAACGAAAGAUCGAGCGCCAGUGAUCGCGCCUUUGCCGAGGCGAUACGGGAAAAGUUUGCACUGGAUGAAGACAACGACCAAGAUAUACUGGACCAGCAUGUGUCGCGUGUGUGGAAGGACCAAACGCCGCAUCGCUCACCUGGUACAAUGUCCCCUUGCCCGCCAAUACCGUCGAGAAGACGAACAGCCACCCACGACUCGGGAAUGGUCAGCGAUGGAGCGAUGAGCUUAAGUGGACACUCCAUGAAGCACUCGAAAUCCAUGCCGGAUCACAGUUCCUGCUCGAGGAAGUUGACAAACAAAUGGCCUUCCAUGAACACAGACAGUGGUAUCAGCAUGUUCUCAGCCGAUACUGCUAUGAAGUACAAAGAUCCAAGCUCCCGCUCUGGUUCAAGCACGGCCUCAAAACUGGAGGAAGCGAAACGAAGACUGGAAGACGAGCCACGGCGCUCGCGUCGAUAUGCCCAACCGCAGCUACAGCUACAACAAAGCCACAUGAUGCAACAGCAGCAGCCGCUAGCUUCCUUCAGCAGUAGCAGUAGCGGCGGCAGCAGCAGCACCCUGCCCCAUCAGCCAACAUCGUCGGCGCCACCGCCUCUGCCGGCCAAGCCGCCAGAGACGAUCGUCGUGUUUAUGUUCUGCGAGGAGCCCGUACCAUACAGAAUAAAAAUACCCGGAACUCAGCCAACCCUGCGUCAAUUCAAGGACUAUCUGCCCAGAAGAGGUCACUUUAGAUUCUUUUUUAAGACGCACUGCGAGGACCCGGACAGUCCAGUGAUUCAGGAAGAGAUUGUUAACGACUCCGACAUACUGCCCCUAUUCGGAGACAAAGCGAUGGGUCUUGUCAAGCCAUCCGAUUAGUGUUUAAGCAUUUAGCGUAGAUUUUGUAUUAAGGCAGCAGAAGCGUGUGGCAGCAGCAGCGUGGGGGGUGUGCUUAUGCAACUUAGAGCUAGGAGCUAGUAAUUUUCAACCGGGAAAUCAAAGGCUAUAUACAUUCAAUGGGCUUUUUGCAAGCAUCACACUACUACGAGUACUCCUCUCUCUCUCUUCUAUGUGACGGGGGGGAGUAAUGUAUUUUUCUGUAUCUCUCAAUCCACCCACAACACACACACACACACACACGCAAUUGGAGCAUAAAUUUAACGUGCAACCCCCCAGCAGUCCAAGCAGCAGUGGCAGCAUCAAGAGAUUAUAGGGACAGGGGGAACAGACACCAAGGAAGAGGAGAAAUUUUAUGCGUUCGUCCUGUAUUCGGAUUUGUUUGUUACCUUUAUACUAACUACGGACUGCCUGCAAUAAAUUUUGUUAAUAUUUUUGUAAUGUG